CGCGCGGCGCCUUUAAGGGCUGGCCUACGUGGCAGCGCAGUGAUCGGUGCGGGCCCGGCCCGGCGCUCCCCCGCCACGCUCCGCCCGCCGCCGUCCCUCAGAGCCGGGCCGAGGCGCGCAGCAGCCGCAGCACCCCCGCCGCCAUGGGCCAGAACGACAUCAUGAGCACCGCUGAGGACUUCGCGGACCAGAUGUUGAUGACGUGUGUGCAAGAGAACUGCCGACCUCAGAGUCUGCAGAGUGCAUGGAUCUGUUAUGGCUUGAGUAUCACCUUGCCUUGCUCCCCUGCUAAUGAUGCUGUCUGCCCGUGCAGUUCCUGAGGGUGACGAAGCAGUACCUGCCCCACGUGGCCCGCCUGUGCCUGAUCAGCACCUUCCUGGAGGAUGGCAUCCGCAUGUGGUUCCAGUGGAGCGAACAGAGGGAUUACAUUGAUGGCACAUGGAACUGUGGCUAUUUCCUGGCUUCCAUCUUUGUGUUCAUAAAUCUCUUUGGACAGCUAAGCGGCUGCAUCCUGGUGCUGAGUAGGAACUUUGUGCAAUAUGCCUGCUUUGGACUGUUCGGAAUUAUAGCGUUACAGACUAUUGCAUACAGCAUUCUAUGGGACCUGAAGUUCUUGAUGAGGAACCUGGCCCUUGGGGGAGGUUUGCUGCUGCUUUUGGCCGAGUCACGCUCAGAGGGGAAAAGCAUGUUUGCUGGUGUCCCCACCAUGUGGGAAAGCUCCCCAAAGCAGUACAUGCAGCUGGGGGGCCGUGUGCUGCUGGUCCUCAUGUUCAUGACACUGCUACAUUUUGAUAUGAACUUCUUUUCUAUUCUGCAGAACAUUGUGGGCACAGCCCUGAUUAUCUUGGUGGCAAUUGGCUUCAAGACUAAGCUGGCUGCCUUGACGCUAGUCAUCUGGCUGUUUGGCAUCAAUAUCUACUUCAAUGCCUUCUGGACCGUCCCAGCCUACAAGCCCAUGCACGACUUCCUCAAAUACGAUUUCUUCCAGACCAUGUCUGUAAUUGGAGGGCUCCUCCUUGUGGUUGCACUGGGUCCUGGCGGAGUCUCCAUGGAUGAGAAGAAAAAAGAGUGGUAACAGGAAUAGCAACGCUUCUUGGGACAUAACAUAUUAAGUCCAGAACUGAUUCUUUAUGGAUUCAACAAAAACUGCCAGCAUUUUACACGUACAUGCCCCCUUCCUAUUAAAGGCACAGAUGUUCUGAAUUUGAUUUACAGUGGCACCUGUAAUGUAAUAGACAAAGUCCUAUUUCUUCAAGAAAAGUUGCCUAGGCUUAUUCUAACUUCCUAGAUUUGGAACUAACCCAAGGAACCUGCAUUUUGCUGAUGCUUCAGUGAGUUGCAGUAGAAACAGUAGUUGCUGUCUUUAAUGUCAGCAAUGUUUUCAAAUUUGAAGUACUGUGAGCAGAUACAGCUGUAUCAUUGUGUGCUGUUGGGUUCUAGCUAUAACUAAAAAAGUGGCUCCCAUUUCUCACCCUCAUUAAAACUGUCUUGUGCACGAGGAGUUCCCUUGCUGAUCAUAGCAUUUCUUAUCAACAUGGAAAGCAGCAUCAAGAAAAAUCGCUGUUAUUCUGCUGCUCAGAGGCCUGUAAUUCUAUUUUGUUUAACAGGGGAAGUAUUUCCUGCUCCCAAAUAGAAGGUAAAAAGAAAACCCUGAAAGUAGUUGUACGCCCUCUAGGUAAGAAAAGGGAGGCGUUCUUCUAACAUGUCCCAGUUCCCCUCUCAAGUGGAACAAGGGAUAAUCCUUUAUUGCUAAUCAGGAGUUCUGUUUUGCUAAUCACAUUUCAAGAAGCAGGGGGUGAAGUACUCCUGAAGAGACAGAACGUCAGAUUCUGUGAAAAUUCUGUGCCAAAAGAACUCUUUAUUCAGCAUUCUUUCCCCCGCGUUUCCUCCUGAAUUCCCAAGAAGAGAGCCAAGUUGUGCUGCAGGUUCCAUAACAGAAGCUCCUUUCUGCUAUUAAUCAGCUUCCAUCCAUGUAUGCCCCAAAUUCUUACCUGAAUUGCAGGUUAUCGGUGAAAGAGUCUCGAGAACUGCAGAACUCCCCUUUUCCCUGCACUCGGUACAGGCGAGACGGGAGCAGUCAAUCUUCUCAUCUGUAGGGUUUGCUUCUGGGGCUCACUUCUGUCGGUCCCGGCUGUGCCAGUCCCCGUGACAGCGAGGGGCCAGUCAAGGGCAGCCCCGUCUCUGCCCCAUGGUGGCUCACCCACAUCAGUUCUGUGCUGCCAGAGCCCUGGUUCUCAGUUCUGAUCCAAGGGUUAGAGCUGAAGAAUGCAAGUGCAAAAUCCAUGCAGUGAAUAAGCAGCCAGAGAUGUAACUUGUGUGUUCAGAGGGAGGAACUCCUCAGUGUAAUGGUGGGGGGAAGACCCCAUUUCCACCUUUCAGUGCCACAACCUCUGUGCCAUGAACAUGCUUAGUGCUGCUCAGAGGAGGCAUUUUGUCCUCUGCCAGUCAGCUAGGUAAGCCUGUUUCACUAGAUCAUGAAAGAAUUCUAGAAAGCAUGAGCCCUACCAACUUGCUAAUGUUACACUGAUUCCACGCACUGUUGUCUCCCUUGAGAAAGCUGCUCAACUGUUUGUUCAAGGAGUAAUUCAGCUGAAUGUCUCCAGCAGGAGCUAUUUACCAGGGUCUCCUGGUAAGGACACUAACCUGGACAGUUCAGCUUAAUGGUUGCUUUUUAGGA